GGCGAAGAUGGUCGUGAGUGCGAUGCCAAAGAAAAUGCAUCCAAGGUGGAUUAAUGUGUGUUAUAUGUGGCCGAACUAGCCACAAAGGCUGUGUGAAGCAAUUGAAAUCAGUACAGAUCGUAAACGACAAAGAAAUCAAGUGUUGUGAAGGAAUUCAAGACAAUGACGCGAGUUUUUCAAGUGCAUACGAUUCGUCAGAGGACACCAAAUCGAUGGAAAUCGGGUACUUAAAACUCAUAAUAGAGCAAAAAGACACAACGAUUAAGGAUUUAAGAGAAUUUAUCUCCACAUUAAAUAGACAAAUUGAUCUAUUAAAUAGAUUAGUAGACAACCAUAGGGAGACAUCUAUGGACAAAAAAGUGCAGGAAACCGUGAUAAAUACACCGGCGUCCUCUACCGGACAGAAGCCAAAGCUUCAAUCAACUACCCAAACGGCCACUAGGAGCGCUUCAUCAAACCCGAACGCUGCAAUUAAAAACAAAACAAAUGAUGCUGCCAUAACCGCACAAACAAAAAAGGUUAAAAAUACUAAAAAAUAUACCUAAAAUAACAAAUAAUGAGGUAAAACAGACCAUCGAACAAGCAACGAUGAAAUCAGUUAUUACCCUAGAAGACGAAGCACCUUUUACUAAGGUUACAUACAAAAAGAAGCCCAAAAACUUAAACAAAAACAAACCUAUUAU